CACUAUUGUUGUAGAAUAUUGACUUCCUUUCUACCUAUCUCUCAGGCUAGGCUCUCGGACCAGGACACAGACAACAGGCUCAUUGGACAGCAGCUGUACAUUAAUGUCCAGGAGACUAAUCGCUGCUAUGUGAUGAAGAGGGUAAUAGAGAUCAUAGUGAACGAAGUACUUCUUUCUGCGCCCAGAAACCAUUAUCCAUAUAUCCAUGAUGUGGCACAGUUCUUAGCAGCUCUGAGCACAGAGCUAAGUGGCUGCAAAUUCUCAGGACACAGAGUACAUGUCGAAAAGAACCUGGAAGAAAUGAAAGACAAAAUUAAGCAGUUGGGAGUUAGUGGAAAGAACAAAGCAAUUGGGGAGCUGGAUUUGCUCUUUGAUUACCUGGAAAAUGCAUGCACUGAAGGUCCGAAGAGAAUUGUUACUAGUAAGGGAGGAAACAAGAAGAAAAACUGAAAGAACCUCCAGGAAAUCAUUGCUAUGAUACACAUCAUAUAUCUAUUAAAAAGAAACAUCUAUAGGAGUGGUAGUUAUUUAACAGUGCCAAACAUUUCAACUUUAACCAAGUGCUUAAGUAUUUUCUUGAUUGGGGCCUAUGCGCACAAGCACAAGUGGAUAUUUUGAAAGCUAUGCAGUGAUGCAUGCCUGCAUCUAUCCCAAUGUCUUUAACUUGAAAAAUCUUUCUAGGAAAUGUUGCUGUCUUUUUGUCAAAUUGAUCCUUCUCUAGAAAACAAAUAUUUCACGUUCUUUUAGCAAAAAGUAUUUACAGGCUUUUAAUAUUUAAUGCUAAUUUAUUGAACAGCAAUAAUUAUACAUUUAUUUAUAUAAAUUAAUAGUAUGAAUUUAUUUAUAAAAGUGUACCAGAGGCUUUUACAUGAAAUAUGGUAUAACUUACAACUGUUAUUAUAAUAUUUAUAGAAUGAUACAUUU